ACGAGCGAGCAAGAGGGGGAGAGAGAGAGGCGAAAUUCCACGGCUAUUUCCACGAUCUACCCACAGAAAAAAAAAAGAAGAAAGAAAAGAAAUCCCAGAUCCGAGCACUUCCUCCCUCGCUCUCUCAAUCAAAACCCUAGAGAUGUCUUCUACUUUCAGCGGCGAUGAAACGGCUCCGUUCUUCGGCUUCCUCGGUGCUGCAGCAGCACUCGUCUUCUCCUGCAUGGGGGCUGCUUACGGGACCGCCAAGAGUGGGGUCGGCGUGGCCUCGAUGGGAGUCAUGAGGCCUGAGCUCGUGAUGAAAUCGAUCGUCCCCGUCGUUAUGGCUGGUGUGUUGGGGAUCUACGGUUUGAUUAUUGCUGUCAUCAUCAGCACCGGGAUUAACCCUAAGGCGAAAUCGUAUUAUCUGUUUGACGGGUAUGCUCACCUCUCGUCUGGUCUCGCUUGUGGCCUCGCUGGCCUCUCGGCUGGAAUGGCGAUUGGCAUUGUCGGAGAUGCUGGCGUCAGAGCCAACGCACAGCAGCCAAAACUUUUUGUUGGAAUGAUCCUCAUCCUCAUCUUUGCCGAAGCGCUGGCAUUGUAUGGCCUCAUUGUGGGCAUCAUUCUGUCUUCUCGAGCAGGCCAAUCAAGAGCUGACUGAGGGAGCAGAAGAGGGAGAUGCAGGCAUGUCUGGUACUCUCAUGUGGUUUGUCUGUUCUCUUUCAACCUUCAUGUCUUCUAAGGUUAGUAGUUCAGUACAAAGUGUACUCUCAUAAAUUUUCACCAUGGCCACAGUCAUGCUGGUUUGAUGUUCAUCCUGUACUGAGCUAUUUGUAGCAGUAGCAGUGGUUUUUUGUUUUUCUUUUUGUGGAAAUAAAGCUUGUGAAGCUAUUUAAGCCUGGAAGCUGUAUUUUGCAGAUGUAAGUUUUAGAUAUUUGCAGAACUGUCACUUCUGAAUUAGUGCCGGACUUUGUUAUUUUCUACCCCUCUAUAUAUAUUUUUUCCCUUUCUCCUCCGGGAA